UAAAAUGGCGGCUAAAAGCAAGGAAGUCAAGUCCUCUACCGUGAACUGGAAGCCUGUUUUGCGAAAGCCUUUUGAUAACAGUAGGGUCAUCAAGUUCAAGUGCUCUUUACAAAAUACAAUAUUAGACGUAUUGCGAUCAAAAGGAUGGACUGAAGUGCGAGAAGGAGAAGGAGACUGGGACUUUCACUGGUGUGAUAUUGGAUGGAUGAGGGAAUUCUUUGACCAUACUUACAUGGAAGAACAUGUCAAGAUAUGUCAUUUUAGAAAUCAUUACGAGUUAACGAGAAAAAAUUUGAUGAUAAAGAAUCUGAAACGACUGAAGAAAACCYUUGAAAGAGAAUAUGGGAAAAUAGAAGCAGCGAAAUGCGAUUUUUACCCAACAACAUUUGAAUUACCAAUGGAAUAUCAUAUUUUUGUGGAAGAAUUCAAAAGAAAUCCUGGUUCUACAUGGAUUAUGAAACCUGUUGGAAAGUCCCAAGGGAAAGGAAUAUUUUUGUUUAGAAAACUAAAAGAUAUUAUGGAUUGGAGAAAGGAAGAUCCAUACAGAGCUCAACAAAUAGAGGAAAGGCAAAAAGAUGACAAGGAACCUGUAGAAACUUAUAUUGUUCAAAGAUAUAUAGAAAAUCCAUACUUAAUAGGAGGAAGRAAGUUUGACUUGAGAAUUUAUGCCCUUGUAACAUCUUACUCUCCYCUGUGUGUCUGGCUGUACAGAGAAGGAUUUGCAAGGUUUUCUAACACAAGAUUUUCACUAGACUCCAUUGACGACACCUAUGUUCAUUUAACUAACGUGGCUAUUCAAAAGACUGCUCCAGAUUAUGACCCGGAGAAGGGUUGUAAAUGGUCGUUACAACAACUAAGACGAUAUCUAGUAGCAAAGAAUGGUAUACCUAAGGUCGAAAAAACAUUGCGAGAAAUUGAUGACAUCAUCGUCAAAAGUCUGCAAGCUGUUCAGAAAGUUAUCAUCAAUGAUAAACACUGUUUUGAGCUAUAUGGUUAUGACAUCAUGUUUGACUGUAACCUUAAACCGUGGUUAAUUGAAGUGAAUGCAUCACCAUCACUGACAGCAAGCAGUCAGACAGACUAYGAGCUCAAGUUCAGGCUGCUGGAGGAUAUGCUUUACAUAAUUGACAUGGAAAAUAGGUUGACAGGACGAGAGAAAAGAGUUGGUGGUUUUGAUUUGAUGUGGAAUGACGGACCUGUUGCCAUGGACGAUGCCUGCGGUGCAGACUGCAUUCCACAACCUCUSUACCCAACCAACACCUUCCUAGGCUGCAAUAACAGCGACAGAGAAAAACAUAUCAAACAGGUUUUGAAAACAGCCCAAGCUGCAAAAAGAAUUUAAAACUUACAGAACUGUAAAAUUGUAAACAAAGUGCAUUCUUGGAAGCACUUGGAUCUACAUGCAGGAAAGAAUUAGUAAUCACCUAAGAAAUCCAUCCAUAAAUUAUUUGUAUAUAGCUUUGUAMAAAAUAUGAAAAGUAUACAAAAAAGUAGCCAAAAUGGUAACAGCAUGUAAUAUAAGAAAUUUGUGUGAAAAAGACAAUAAAAUUGCUGGAAAUCCCUUGGUUUAAA